AUGUCUGAUAGGAAUAAAGCACAUCUAGAAAAACUCAUUCAAGAAGCAAAAGUACUUAAUGCUGAAUUAUCUCAUAUAAGAUCUACUACAGCUUUGUAUGAGCGUCAUGUACCUUCUUCAAAUAUAUUCUUUUUAGCAGAUAAUAAUGAUCUCGUAAAAUCUAAAAGUAUUCGUAAUGUAUUCAUUGUGUAG